CCCACUGCGCUCGUCUAGAGCCUGCUCAUCAACAUGGUCAGCACUGCCUGGUGUAUUCUGGCCACCCAAAACGUGGUGGUCUUUCACACCAGUUGUCCCGGCGUGUGGGCCAACGGGGGGCAUGUCCUCUUGGCGGUCUGGGACCCCAGGGCCUCUGAAUGGGUGGGCCCAACCGCUGAGGUGUUGACCCGUCUGGGUGCUGUCCCGGAGGAGUCGUCCAGUGACGAAGACGUUGGGCCUUCGCAGAAUCAUCCCGUGGGUGACCGGCGGUGGGUCGGCGAGCUGGGCGCUGGUGGCCGUUCCGAGUCUCCUGGCCCGUCGUCGUCGCCCGACAUCCUCAGCCCCGAGACCUCUGACUCCUCCGAGGGUGACGUGUUGCCCGAGACUCCAGGCUGCCUCUGGGGUUGUUCCGAGUGCCCCAACUCAUACACGCUGUGCAUCCAAUGCGAGGGCGAGCAGCUGCUCGAGCAUCGUUUUGAAAUAGGGUAUUUCACCUGACGCA